CGGGGCCAGACCGGGCCGGGCUCCGAGGCGGGUGUGGCAGGGCUAGCGGAGGAGGUUGCGACCGGAGCAGGAGGCAGGAGCGGUUGGACCUGGCCCCUGGAGCCCUGGGCCCCAAGGAGCUGCCAUCAUGGACGACAUUUUCACCCAGUGCCGGGAGGGCAAUGCUGUGGCUGUUCGUUUGUGGCUGGACAACACAGAAAACGACUUGAACCAGGGGGAUGACCAUGGUUUCUCUCCUUUGCACUGGGCCUGCCGAGAGGGUCGAUCUGCUGUAGUUGAAAUGCUGAUCAUGAGGGGGGCCCGAAUCAACGUGAUGAACAGGGGUGAUGAUACCCCCCUCCACCUAGCAGCCAGCCAUGGGCAUCGGGACAUUGUACAGAAAUUGCUCCAAUACAAGGCUGACAUAAAUGCAGUGAAUGAGCAUGGGAAUGUGCCCCUUCAUUAUGCCUGCUUUUGGGGCCAGGACCAAGUGGCAGAGGACCUUGUAGCUGGGGGGGCACUGAUCAGCAUUUGUAACAAGUAUGGGGAGAUGCCAGUGGACAAAGCCAAAGCCCCACUUCGUGACAGCCUACGAGAACGUGCAGAGAAGUUAGGCCAGCCAAUGGGCCGCAUACCAUACAAAGACACCUUCUGGAAAGGGACAACACGCACUCGCCCCCGGAACGGCACCCUGAAUAAACACUCAGGCAUCGACUUCAAGCAGCUCAACAUGGUGGUGAAAAUCAACGAGAACCAGUCAGGAGAGCUGUGGAAGGGGCGAUGGCAGGGGAAUGACAUCGUUAUCAAGAUGUUGAAGAUUCGUGACUGGAGUACAAGGAAGAGCAGAGACUUUAAUGAGGAGUAUCCCAAACUGAGGAUUUUCUCACACCCCAACGUACUGCCUGUGUUGGGAGCCUGUCAGGCACCCCCUGCCCCCCACCCCAUUCUCAUCACCCACUGGAUGCCUUAUGGCUCCCUCUACAACGUACUUCAUGAAGGGACCAAUUUUGUUGUUGACCAGACUCAAGCUGUCAAGUUUGCUCUGGACAUGGCACGGGGCAUGGCCUUCCUGCACACACUGGAGCCUCUUAUACCCCGGCACGCCCUUAACAGCAGAAGUGUCAUGAUCGACGAGGAUAUGACUGCCCGUAUCAGCAUGGCUGACGUGAAAUUCUCCUUCCAGUGUCCAGGGCGCAUGUAUGCCCCUGCCUGGGUGGCUCCUGAGGCCCUGCAGAAGAAGCCAGAAGAGAUUAAUCGUCGUUCUGCAGACAUGUGGAGCUUCGCGGUGCUGUUGUGGGAACUAGUGACAAGGGAGGUACCAUUUGCUGACCUCUCCAACAUGGAAAUUGGCAUGAAGGUCUGGAGGAUGCAGGGGACAUGUUGGGACGGAGGGGCAAGUAGAAGCAGAUUUAUGGGACACAGAGAGGUCCUGAAUCUGGGGAUUCUUGCUUGUUGUAGGUUGCCCUGGAAGGCCUUCGACCCACCAUUCCUCCAGGUAUCUCCCCACAUGUGUGUAAACUCAUGAAGAUCUGCAUGAAUGAGGACCCAGCCAAGAGGCCCAAGUUUGAUAUGAUUGUGCCCAUCCUGGAAAAGAUGCAGGACAAAUAGAGCCUUACGGGAGGAACUGGGGAAAUCUAUCCCCCCCCCCUCCUAGCAGCAGGGCCCCUCCCUCCCCUGGCAACGGUACAGCCACCUCAGCCUUCCCUUCCCCCCAGCUUUAGGGGCUACCCCUCCUGCCCCAUCUGCCAACCUUGGGGGGAUGGGAGAUGGCUCAGCUUUGUUUCACACCACACCAAGCCCCACUUCUCGGUGUCUCCCCAAUGUGGGAGGAGUAGCCACCUGCCUCAAUCACAAUAAAGGUUUAUUAUGAAAACA